GAUUAAGUCUCAGUUUUGGUGGAAAGGAUUACGGUCUGAUGUAAGGGAGUUUGUCGGUCAGUGCCAGAUCUGUCAGCGUGAGAAGUACGAGGCAACUAAGCCUCCUGGGCACCAGCACCCCUUACCCAUUCCGACUAGACCGUGGGCUGAUAUUUCUAUGGAUUUUAUUGAUGCCCUUCCCCGUUCAGAGGGCAAGGAAGCUAUUCUUGUGGUAGUGGAUCGCCUGACUAAGUAUGGUCAUUUCGCCCCUCUGCCCAGACACUACCACGGACCUCUUGUAGCUGAUGUCUUCCAGGAUUUCGUGGGGAAGCUGCAUGGCAUGCCUAGCACUAUCGUUUGUGACAGGGACUCUAUUUUCCUGAGUUCCUUUUGGAGAGAGUACAUGCGCAAGGCUGACACCACUAUAAACUUCAGCACGGCCCACCAUCCCCAGACCGAUGGACAGAGCGAGGUGGUCAAUCGCACACUUGAGACGUAUUUGCGAUGUUAUGUGGGUGAUAGACCGGCCACUUGGGUGCGACACUUGUCGUGGGCCGAAUGGGCCUACAACACUAGCUUACAUGGGGCCACAGCUAUGACACCUUAUCAGGCUCUAUACGGUAUUCCACCCCCUCGGAUACCGAGAUAUGAAGGGGGCACUGCCAGAGAUGAGGACGUCGAUUGCAGUCUUAGGACCCGAGAAGAUGUCCUGGCGACGACACUCCGAUGAAAUAUCUUACGGGCACAUAAUCGGAUGAAACAGGUGUAUGAUGCAGGUCGGAAGGACCGUGAGUUCGCAGUCGGAGACUACGUUUGGUUGAAGCGUCUGUCCCUCAGGCAAAAGUCGUUGCUUGGACAGCCCUAUUCGAAGUUACUUCCGAGAUAUUAUGGUCCCUAUCCUGUGCUACAGAAGAUCGGCCGGGUAGCUUACCGCCUUGCAUUACCUGCCACGGCUCUCGUGCAUCCGGUUUUCCAUGUGACGCGCCUCAAGCUGCAUGUGGGAGAACUUCCUGAACAGAUUGAGCACGUUCCGGAUCAGCUGCCUCGACCCCACAGGAUACUUAGGCACCGUUAUGUGCAGCGUCAGGGUCGCACACGUCAUGAGGUCUUGGUCGAGUGGGAGGGACCAGACCAAGGUACCUCCUGGGAGGAGUUCGACCAGAUCGCCCACAGGUUUCCGUACGCACGAGCUUGGGGACAAGCUCAAACUCAGCGGGGUGGAUCUGAUACGGGCCUGUCUAGGAGUCCGUCGAGACAGGACGUGGGCGAUGCCGUGAGGCGCAGGGCCACCCCGGCCAAGCGUCGAGGGAGUGGAGAGGCCCGUUCUCUGUCGCCUCGGGGACGAGCCAGGACCGCGGACGAGGGUGUCGUCCAGGAGACAGCUGCGGCCAUUGAGCCAGACGAGGACGAAGGUGGCAGCAGAGUGCCGUCCGGGACCGGCCACACCAGCGAAGAGGGGCGCCGAAGCUGGCCGCUUAUGGCUGAAGGUGGCGCCAACAGGCGCGAGGCAGCUAGCGGCACCAGAGCUACGACUAGGGCUGACCCCAUUCCCACCCGCCGUGCCGGGAAAGAGCCGAUGGUCGACCCGCGUUUAGACUUAUUUAUGGCUAACCCUUCUUGUAACAGGUUCGAAGAAGUACCCGGACCUAGCGGGACCAAGGGGCUAGACAACACACGGAGCGUUGGACUGGUGCUGAGGGAGGACGACACGGACUCGGCCACGCUCGGGAAGAAGACCACCCUUCCUGAGUCAGGGUGAAGUGGGUUCACGCCCAGCUCGAGCGUCUCGACCGAUCUCGCCUUUGGAGCGAGUGAUGUGAACUUGGGUGACCGUGCAAAGCGGUUCCCUCUUUACGUUUGUAUGUUUUAGAACUUAAACCCUUGUAUUGGUAAGCUAUUGGACUUGGAAUCGGUUUGGCCAUGUAGAACCGGUUCAGUUGCCAAACCGGUUCACUCAAGCUACUUAACGCUUGAGACUCAUUGUAAAGGAUAUGCUUUGGAAAUCAGAAAAAAUCGAUCUCUCUCCUCUCUCGCGAUUUCUCCCUCCUCCCCGAGGGUUCACCCUCGCCUUGAUGAGGCUGUCUCCCCCGCGUCUCCCUCUCUCGCGUCCCUACCUCCUGACGCCUUCCUCACCUUGAUCCCUGCUUCUUCUAUCUCCCCCGUGCGUCUCUUUCCCCUGGCGCUUCUUCUGCUCUACCCCGUGAGGUCCAAGCAAGGCCAACGCCAUCCACAGCAGCUAACCCUUGCUGUUGCGCCUGAUUCUUCAACCGCAGCUCCUCAACCAUCCAGGCCGCUGAUGCACUCUCGGAUGACCCCUGGGACGACGCUGCUGGCUCCUGCUCCCCUGGGCGACGCUAUGGCUCAUCUCUGAGCAGGACCCGACAGCUCAAGAGGUUGAAACCCCACCUGUCGGAAUCCUGAACUCGUGAGCUGCUGCCUGCCGCUGUCCCUGCCUCCUCCACCCGACCAGCCUGAAGAACUUCCUAGCUUCACCAUGGGAAUACGCAGUUGGUCUCUCCACCCCUGGGCGACACCAGGGUUCACCACUGAGCAGAAUCCGCCUGUCCACAGCUGCCAAGGACCCCCUUGUCGGAAUCUUGAACCCGCCGGCGGCGCUCUAUGCGAUCUCAGCCUGAACGGCAGCUGGUUCCACCAAUCACGACAGCAAAUUUGGGGGAAAACCCCAAAUCUGGUGAACAAUCGCUUCUCCCCUUUCCCUGGUUGAUUGUUUUCUGUUCCUGCCUGUGGAUUGCACGAACUGAAGGCUGGGAUGAACCGAGAAGAAGGAGGAGCUGGGUUCUGUCUGCCGUGAACCCCUGUUCCAUGCUGCAGACCCGACCCCAACCUUGUUAACGACUUGGCCAUUGGGUGGUCAGUUGCCCCCCCAAACUCUGGGCGUCCCCUUGUAAUUACCUUGGCCACCAUCCUACCAAGUUUCAGCUUCAUUUGACGCCAUGGUGAUUUGCUGUGAAUUUUCGAAGGUUGACUGCCCUGUUCUCCCUGUUAUCCUCUGUUCUGGGUGACAGUCCAGCGUCUUGCUGAAGGAACGACCUGGCCUUAGGGUGGGCUUUUGCCCCCCAUCUUUUGGGCGUCCCUAGAUAAAUAUCUCAGGCACCUGCACACCAAAUUUCAGCUCAAUCCGAGCUUCAAGUGAAUUUUGGUGAAUUUCGCAAGAAUUUUGGUGAAUUUCGCAAGAUUGAGCUCCCCUGUUCUGCGCCUGAGACAAACCUGAAGCCAGCGACUGUGUCAGCCAGCGCUCUUCCUCAGGGCUUCGACUGAGCUUGGAGGCUCCUUUGCAGCUCAUAUUUGGAGCGUGUCUUUGUAACUAUCUGAGGGAGCUCUCAACCAAAAUUCAGCUUAUUUGGAGCUUCCUACGAAUUUUAGUGAUUUUCCGAAGUUGGAGCCACCCUGCGCACACCAGUGAACCAAGGAGCUCUCCUUCGACUGCGGAGAAGCUUGGAGUAAUUGCUGCUUUGCAGCGCGCCUACGUCGGCGUUAAACGGCGCUUGCCUCACCCCACUGCCGUCUGCUCCCGGGGUUUAUCAUCGCGCACGGUGACGCUUCUCUACUCCCUGGAGACUGUACUUGUUAUUUGAUUAAACAUUGACUGCAUGAUUUUCUGCUUGAGGGCUGCUCGAUGAGCCGCUAGGUACCAGCCGUGAGGAGCUAGGAGCAAAGGCUGCUUGGCAGCGCGCGUGCACCGGCGUUAAUCGGUGCCAGUCUCACCCCUUACGUUCGCUCCUGGGGUUCCUGUUGCAGUCUGGUGAAGCUCCUCUGCAUUAGCCUCCUAUAUUCAUGUUAAUUGCGUACUUGGUAAUUGCCUUGUUGCUUGUGUUUGAGGGUGUGUCCAAGGCGCGAGAGGAUUCGUGGAAGAGGCUGGUACCCGCCUGACUCGCCGUCCGUUGCUGGAUACCGAGGGCCUUGGUCUUCCGCCCUUGGUCGUGCCGCUGGGCUAGCCCCAGCGAGGUUUGCCUCACUUUCCCCCUAUAGAACGGGGUGGGUUUACUCGCUUUCAGCCUUAACUCUGGACCAACCUAUGGGCUGGGGAAUGGUUUGUACGCAUAGGCAUGAUUGAAUGGUUUGUUGAGUGAGGCUGAGGGCAUUCUUGUACGCAACGAUUGUAAGGUCUUGAACCCAUCUGUGUACUUGGGAGGUCAGGACAGCAGCGCAGACUGGGUUUUCUGGACAGCUACAGUGUGCCCGCAGCUUGCGUCCUACCAGGUGCCCUCUUUCACCGAUUUCUUCUCGCUCUGGUUGAUGAGUCAGAGAAGAUCCGAGCACUAGCUGAUUUCCUCUUCAGCAGCUUCCUAAAGAGUAAGGCACCACUUUUGGCUUACAACAGCUUCGUUGAAGUCAUUUUCUUGCUGAAUGGCUGCAAGGUCCAUGCUGCCCACAGUGAAUUGCACGAGAAGCAGCGAUGACAAAACACAAUUGCAAAGGGUGCAUAUCUAUACAUUAUUACUUAAACAAAUGGCACCUGAGCAACUUUUAGCCACUUCUGCGAAGCUUUGUGCUGAGGUCUUGGCUGCCGUUGCUGAUGGUUUGCUUAAUCUCAGGGCACAGUCCGUUCUAAAGGAUGCUCUACAAGUACUAGCAUGCAAAGGAAUGAGGAUUCAACCCAUCGAGGUUCAGGAGCAGCGGCUGAUACAACUGAGAUGGACGAAGAACCAGGGAACAACAAUGGAACAUUUGUAGCAGCUAGGUCGGGUAAUCAGUCAGGUAGCACAGAAGAACCUUGUCAUUUCAAAAGGGUGAAGAAGCCACGGCUAAGUCGGCAGUUUCAGGGGUAACGUGCAGUGGUCCAAGAUCACUCACUCGCCAAUCUGCUGCAGCUGCAGCUGUAUCUGGGAGUGCUGGUGGACAUUUGAGAAGUGGUGAUGCUAGCAGGGUGGUAUCUACAGUGGCUGAUAUAGCUGCCAAUUUGCUAAUACCGUAAUUAAGGAUGUCAGCAAUGGCGUGCCCACCCCACGCCUGGAUUCGAUGAGCAUACCGAAGGUCAAGUCUGUCUCUAGAAGAAACUGUAGUGGGUUGGAGUCCUUGAGGAGAAGACAGACUUUUGAUUCAGACAGUGAAGGCUCAUCCACUCUCGCCACAUUAAGGAUCCUCGAUGGUUAAAUAACCCCACAUAGAAAUCGAGUGUCUCGUUAAUGGAGCUGAGGCACCACUUUUGGCUUACAAGUUACAACAGCUUCGUUGAAGUCAUUUUCUUGCUGAAUGGUUGCAAGGCCCAUGCUGCCCACAUCUUUCUUAGUGCGUGAAGAAACAGGCAUGUAAGGAAUAACUUAGUAGAGGGAUUAUGUUAAAUGGAGAGGUGCCCUCUUUCACCGAUUUCUUCUCGCUGUGGUUGAUGAGUCAGAGAAGAUCUGAACACUAGCUGAUUUCCUCUUCAGCAGCUUCCUAAAGAGUGGGUUCUUCCUGAUCAUCAUUACAUUGGCUCCUUCCAAUCAUUACAUAAAUCUGCAGAAGCUUUUGAUGAUCGCGGAAGCUAAUAUAUUCUGAAUUUGGGAUUUUUCAUGUUUGCGGCUAAGGCACCACUUUUGGCUUACAACGGCUUCAUUGAAGUCAUUUUCUUGCUGAAUGGUUGCAAGGCCCAUGCUGCCCACAGUGAAUUGCACCAGGGACAGCGUCUUUCUCAGUGCGUCAAGAAACAGACAUGUAAGGAAUAACUUAGUAGAGGGAUUAAGUUAAAUGGAGAGGUGCCCUCUUUCACCGAUUUCUUCUCGCUCUGGUUGAUGAGUCAGAGAAGAUCCGAACACUAGCUGAUUUCCUCUUCAGCAGCUUCCUAAAGACUAAGGCACCACUUUUGGCUUACAACAGCUUCGUUGAAGUCAUUUUCUUGCUGAAUGGUUGCAAGGCCCAUGCUGCCCACAGUGAAUUGCACCAGGGACAACGUCUUUCUCAGUGCGUCAAGAAACAGGCAUGUAAGGAAUAACUUAGUAGAGGGAUUAUGUUAAAUGGAGAGGUGCCCUCUUUCACCGAUUUCUUCUCGCUCUGGAUGAUGAGUCGGAGAAGAUCCGAACACUAGCUGAUUUCCUCUUCAUCAGCUUCCUAAAGACUAAGGCACCACUUUUGGCUUACAACAACUUUGUUGAAGUCAUUUUCUUGCUGAAUGGUUGCAAGGCCCAUGCUGCCCACAUUGAAUUGCACCAGGGACAACGUCUUUCUCAGUGCGUCAAGAAACGGAGGGAUUAUGUUAAAUGGAGAGGUGCCCUCUUUCACCGAUUUCUUCUUGCUCUGGUUGAUGAGUCAGAGAAGAUCCGAACACUAGCUGAUUUCCUCUUCAGCAGCUUCCUAAAGACUAAGGCACCACUUUUGGCUUAAGAGUUAGAACAGCUUCGUUGAAGUCAUUUUCUUGCUGAAUGGUUGCAAGGCCCAUGCUGCCCACAGUGAAUUGCACGAGAGGCAACGAUAACAAAACACAAUUGCAAAGGGUGCAUAUCUAUACAUUAUUACUUAAACAAAUGGCCCUGGAGCAACUUUUAGCCACUUCUGUGAAGCUUUGUGCUGAGAUCUUGGCUGCCGUUGCUGAUGGUUUGCUUAAUCUCAAUGAACCUGGGGCACAGUCCGUUCUAAAGGAAACAAUAUUGGACGAGGAAGAGGUAUAAAAUUGGUAGCUAUCCUACGUCCAGUGGUCAGCCAUUAUCAAGAUUCUUCUACUUUCAGUGAGGGCAAACUUAUACAAGUCCUUCUAGCCAGUUUAGGUUAACCUUCUUAAGCUUAAUAUUCUUGUCAUGUAAGCCUUUUUUUUUUUUUUUUCAGAUCAACCAUUUCCAGUCAUUCAUGUAAAUCUUCAUUUGAUGCCUUCUAUUUUUUUAGUUUGUCAACAUCCUCUGUGCGGUAUAAAGUUUGUCAACAGCCUCUGUGUGGAUGAAAGACCUGUUUUCAAGUAAACCCAAUUUUGCUUCCUUAUCCAACACUACCUCAGAAUUAAUUUUUUUGUAUAGAGUAAACAAGACUGUGUUGUGGUUGAUGUCCAUUUUAAACUUUAAGCUGGUCUAUGGUUUUCCCAUCAUUUUUGUUACUUCUUUAAUUCUCUUGUGCUGAAUACAUUGGUAAGUCUUGUUGGUCUUCUUGUUGGCUGAUUCAGGUGUUACGAGACUGAGUUUCUUUGGUUCUCUGUAUGUUGUUUUGACCCCUGUUGCGUUGCGUUGAAGUGGACAUUAUUGAUGCAA